AUGGAACCUGAUUUAAAUGAGGAAGAAAUUGAGCAGAUAAGGGCCACUAGGAGCAGGACCCUCUCCGCGCAGCAGCGCCGCCACUCGGCACUGCCUAUGCGCUGGAGAUUUAAGCACAGCUCCCGCUGGAUGGCCCACGUGAUGGCCUCGGAGUUCAGCCUGCUGGCCUUUCUCAUUCUUCUGGUCAUGACCUUCUCAGGGAAAUGGCUGAACCCCUCUAAGAGCCGCUUCUAUCGGCGCCAUCCCCAAAACAUUACCAACAAAAUCUACACCUCCAUUCACACUAUGUCCACGGGGCUCCUGUAUGUGUGCCUGUCUAAGAGCUGCUCCGACCAUGACACAGACAGUUUUAAGCUGUGGACAAUGCAUCCAUUUUUGGGGGUGGCUAAGAUAAGCUUCACCCUGGCCUUGGGGCUGGGCUUUGCCCUCACUGCCUGGCUGCACCUGCCGUACCUGUCCCACCAGCUGAAGAUGCCUUUCUAUGGCCUGAUUGGGAUCAUCCUGAGCUUCUGUGAAGUCACCUCCACUUUGGUCACUCUCCUGCUGUUCCCUGUCGACCUCUGGAUCUACGAGCUGAAGAGGGAUAUAUCCGUCCCCAUCGGCUGGAGCUAUUUCAUCGGCUGGCUGGUGCUCAUCCUGCAUUUCAGUUGUGGGCUCCUUUGCUACCUCAAUUAUAAAAACUUCUGGAGCCUCAUCAGCAACAGCUCCUCCUCUAUCGUCAGCUCAAAGCACAGGGAAGGGUCCUUACAGUGUUCCUUACAGUCCGCCAGACUUGAGGAGGACACCCAGGACCCUUCUAAUUCAAAGGACUGUCAGGUUUAGAGACAUGCUUCUCACCAUCCCACCCAGCCUCCACUGGCUACAUCUGCCCUCAUCAUGACAGAGAAUGAGCAAAGGACCAGUGGGGGACCGGCCCUGCCACCCCUCUUCCUCAACUUGGUCUUGUCUGUGUCUCAGGUGUGUGGAA